AUGGUUAUUGCUCAGUGGGCUAUUGUUAAUUGCAUUCCAUUUAAUGCAUUUGAUUGUCCUCUUUUUCAAAAAGCUGUUGAUGCUAUUGCUGCAAUUGGGCCUGGGUUUAAGGCCCCUAAUGCUUAUGAUUUUAGAAUUAACUUGUUGAAAGAUUGGAAAAAAGAAUGUCAACUGCUGAUUGAAAGUCAUCGUGCAAAAUGGAAAGAAAAUGGUUGUACACUUAUGGCUGAUGGUUGGACUGAUGUCAGACAAAGAACUUUGAUCAAUUUCUUAGUCUAUUCCAUACAUGGUAUGGUAUUUGUGAAAUCAAUUGAUGCUUCAGAUGUUGUUAAAGAUGCGAAAACUUUAUUCUCAUUGUUUUAUGAAGUUAUUGAAUGGGUUGGUCCUGAAAAUCUAGUCCAUGUGGUAACUGAUAAUGCUGCUAACUAUGUAGCAUGUAGCAGAUUGAUUAAAGAGAAAUAUAAAACUAUUUUUUGGUCACCUUGUGCAGCCCAUUGUUUGAAUCUUGUUUUAAAAGAUAUUGCUUCAUUGCCUCAUGUGUCAACACUUGCAACAAAGGCAUCUAAAAUUACUAUAUUUGCAUAUAAUCAUACAAUUUUCUUGUCAUGGCUAAGGAAAAGACCUGGUUGGAAGGAAAUUGUCCGUCCUGGUGCGACAAGGUUUGCAACUACAUUCAUUACCUUGCAUAGCAUAUACUUGCAUAAACAUGACUUGCAAGCUUUGGUGAUUGAUAAGCAUUUUGUGGAUCACAAGUUAGCAAGAACCGAAGCUGGGAGAACUUUUAGUGCAACCGUAUUGGAUAAUCGGUUCUGGAAUGAAUGUUACCAAGUUGUGAAGAUUGUGUCUCCGCUUAUGAGACUUUUGAGGAUUGUUGAUUCAGAUGAAAAACCUUCAUUACCUUAUUUCUUUGAGGGAUGCAAAGGGCUAAAAAUAGAAUCAAGGACAUCUUUCAUAGGAAUAAGGAGCUAUACAAACCUUAUACUAGAAUUAUUCAAGCUCGAUGGGAUAGGCAUUUGA